ACUCAACAACAAAAGGCACUAACACCUUCUGGCAUUGAAUUCUUUUAACUCAAUGAAAACUUUAUUUGUGAGAAACCAAAACAAUUUUUUUUAAAUUUUUUCGACGUCUUUAUAUUGCAUCUUUUGGAACUCGGUCCUGCGCAAGUCCAAUUGGCUAAACCAAUUUUUUUUUUGUAAUCAUACCAGACUAUGUUCGUAGGUUGAGAGUGAGAGUAUUUUGAUUUUGUGUAAACAAUGUGCAAACACCGGAUUGUUGUCAUCAAAGCAAAAUCAUUGAUUAUUCUUUCGUAUUAACGUAACCAUGGGUGCAGGAGCAACAAAAAAUCUGAAAAAAGUGGAUAUUGAAAUUUAUUUUUGGUAUGGCGGAAAUGGUGAUGUCGGUCAUGUAUCGCUGUACAUUGUUGAGUCAUUUCUCUACAUAAGUUUUUGGCCAGAAACAUCAACAAAACCGACUAAGUCCGUUGGAUCCGUGAGCAACACGUACGCCGAAGACAAAAGGGAAGAAGGUAGAGAAGCUGACUAUGUGCUAAAAGCAACCAUUGACCUAGACUUAAAAGCCAUGGAAGAGUUUUGGAGCGAUGCUAAAGAACAUAACUAUUCAUACAUUGGCAACCACAGCUCCGAUGCCGUGAUGAAAGUGUUACAGUCUGGUAACGAUGAAUUUUUUCUCGCACCGACUCCGUUUAUCCAGGUACGAGAGCCGAAUUCAAACUGGACGCAAGGUGACUACAUUAUUUGGAUUCGAGAAAAAAUUACAAGCUUUCGACUGCAAGGUGUUAAACGUGGCUUACGAUGAACAUGAAUUUGUGGAUAGUGUUUUGUAAAUUCAAAAAUUUUAAACGGGAAUUGUGAAAUUUGUUGCUUGUCUUCAUGUAUACUCUCUUGAAUACAAAGUUGUUGUGUCUUUUCAAA